ACUCCCUCUCAUUUGAAACCCCGCGCUCCCCUCCUUCGGCGCUUGCUGAGCUUAUUGCCCUAGGGCUUCUCCGAGCUCCUAUGGCGGACACCAAUUCGAGCCUUUCUCCUUCUCCUGACACUCGUUCUUCUGCAUCGCCGAGGGAUGAUCUACGCCCUAUGGGAAUAAAGAUUGCGGAACUAAAUGAAUCGCAGUCAGAGUUGUUGAAUAGGCUGCAAGGUUUGAAACAGGAUUUGCAAGACUGGAAAUCUAAAUUGGACACUCAAGUCAAGACAUAUAAGGAAGAACUGAUCGAGCUUAAGAAGGUACUAAAUACUGAUCUGGAUCAACUGAAAUCAGACUUCCAAGAACUGAGAACCACUUUACAGCAGCAGCAAGAUGACAUAUCUGAUAGCUUAAGAAACUUGGGGCUUGAGGAUCUUUCUGAACCUUCCAAGGAACCAGAGGAUAAAGAUAACGCGAAUGCUUCUAAUAAAGCAGAGCCUUCUUUGCCGGAAAUUACAGAGGAAACCAGUCCAGUAGAUGCGUCAGCAUAGGUAGCAUGAGGAUGGGCUUUCCAUUACAUCAACAUUGAUGAGAAUGGGCCUUAUUAGCUAUUGUUAAUGGGUAUGUUACACUACCAUUUCUACUGUGUCUGCGUUUCUCUUAGAAGAACAUUAAAAACUACUUGAUUCCUCUUAGGUAUUGUUGCACUCCAAAUUCAUAUACCUUCUUGCUGCAAGGCAUUUGUAAUCAUACAUUACUGUGUCAUCUACAUUAAUUUGAACAAGAAAGUUAAACUUCAUUAAUUUGUUUUAGUUCACAUGUAA